AUGUUCCCACUAAUUUCCAGCCAUCACCUUUGGUGGGGUGGGCUUCGGAGGAGAGUCUGCCUGAACCUCCCGGUGCUGGCCCUGCAGCACUUUCAGCAUAUGCACAUCAGAGUUGGAGACCGUGCUGAACUUAGGAGGGCCUUCACACAGACGGAUGUGGCUACCUUCUCAGAGUUAACAGGGGAUGCCAAUCCUUUGCAUCUAAAUGAAGACUUUGCAAAACACACCAAGUUUGGAAAUACAAUUGUACAUGGAGUUUUGAUCAAUGGACUUAUCUCAGCUCUCCUGGGAACUAAAAUGCCAGGGCCAGGCUGUGUAUUUCUUUCCCAAGAAAUUAGCUUUCCAGCCCCUUUAUAUAUUGGAGAAGUUGUUUUAGCUUCUGCAGAAGUGAAAAAGCUAAAACGGUUCAUUGCUAUUAUUGCAGUGUCGUGUUCAGUAGUAGAAAGUAAAAAGACUGUCAUGGAAGGCUGGGUUAAAGUUAUGGUUCCAGAAGCUCCUAAAUCCUGAAAUACGUGUUUAAAGAUGCAACCUCAAACACCAAUGCUGUUAUUAAAGAGCCUUUGGGGAAAUGGAUUGCUGCUCUUCACCAAAGAAUGGUUGGUAGGCCCAGAAGCCCAUCCUAAUUAGGGUAAGGGAGCAGAUAGCUGUUCAAAUGCCCACUUUCCAGUUUGGCCUUAUGCAAGAGUGUAUGUGAAAUUCUCUGCCCUUUUUUUUUUUUUUAAUUCAAGAAAUAGGCUAGGCAUGGUGACUCAUAACUGUAAUCCUAGCACUUUGGGAGGCUGAGGCAGAUGGAUCACUUAAGGUCAGCAGUCCAAGACCAGCCUGGCCAACAUGGUGAGACCACAUCCCAACAAAAAGAAAAUGUAAAAAUUAGUAGUGCUUGGUGGCUUGGGCCUGUAGUCCCAGCUACUGGGGAGGCUGAGGUGGGAGAAUAGCUUGGGCCCAAGAGCUGGAGGUUACAAUGAGAAGCUGAGAUCACACCUCUGCACUGCAGCCUGGGUGACAGAGCAAGACCCUGUCUCAAAAAAAAAAAAAGUAUUGGGAAGGUUAUUUAUGUAAACACUCUACUUUGAAGUCAGGCAUGGUGGUGCAUGGUUAUAAUCCCAGCACUUUGGGAGGCCAUGGCAGGCGAAUCACUUGAGGUCAGAAGCUCAAGACCAGCUUGGUCAACAUGUGAAACCCCAUUUCCACUAAAAAUACAAAAAUUAGCUGGGCAUGGUGGCGGGCACCUAUAAUCCCAGCUACUUGGGAGGCUGAGGCAGGAAAAUCGUUUGAACCUGGGAGGUUGCAGUGAGCUGAAAUCAUACCACUGCACUUCAGCCUGGGUGACAGAGCAAAACUCCAUCUCAAAAAGAUUCUACUUUUAGGAAUUCAGACCUAUAUAGAUUUGCAUUUGGAUAAUAGAACCCUUCCUGUAUCUGUGUAGAAGCAGCUUCUCACUGAAUUUCAGCUGUGUAUCACUUAAUUACUGAAGACAAAAAUAGAAGUUGGGUCAUAUUUGAACACCUACCUUUUAUCAGUGAAUAUUCUUAGACCCUGCUUUUCAGUAGUUACUGAGUCUGUCAUAAUUUGUUAUUUACACCAAGGUGGCAUCUUGCUUUGCCUUCUGUGAGACUUGCAUUUCAGGGCAGGGGCAUAUGUGCAACCUUGGUCUCAGUUAUAUAAGCUGCCUGAUCUAUAAAACACUGGUAACACCUGCCAUGUGGGAUAGUUGGGGGAGAUAAUAGAUGGAGUUAAGCAUAGGGCCCAGCCUGUCAGCAGCAGCUACUAUUACUGUUGUCCAUUUCCCCUGCAUUGGAGGUGAGAGGUUUUCCUGAGUUUGAUGCUGACUGGCCCACAGUUAAAACCGUCUUUCAGGGUGUCAACCAACCUCUACUAGUGUUCUUAAGUGCAGUUUCUGUUUUAAAAAGUUAAGAUUAUUCCUUGAAAAUGUGGAUCUACCUCUCAUUAUAUAACUAAUACAUGCUUAUUUAAAAAAAGAAAUAUUAAGACCAUGGAUGCCAAAUUCUUAAGACUGGGGGUGGGUUUUUGAAGGGGAAACGUGCCUAACAUGUUAGUACUAAAUGGCCAUCCCAGCACAGCCAACACUUUUGUUUUCCAUUUUUAAAUAACAUCGAGACAUAAUUCACAUACCAUAAAAUUCACCUUUUUAAAGUGUACAGAUAAGUUUUCAGUAUAUCCACAAAGUUGUACAGCCAUCACCAAAGCAAUUUUUCAUAUCAUUCUUCUCACCCCCAAAAGAAACCCCCAUUAGCAGUCAAUCCAGUUCUCUCCUCCAGUCCUAGGGAAUCACCAGGCUCCUUUUUGUGUAUGGAUUUCCCUGUUCUGGACAUUUCAUAUAAGUUCACACAAUAUGUGGUCCUUUGGAACUGGCUUCUUUAAUACAGCAUGUUUUCAGGGUUCAUGUUACAGCAUGUAUGAGUACAUCAUUCUAUUUUAUGGCUGAAUAAUAUUCCAUUGCAUUUACCCAUUCAUCAAUUGAUAUUUGCAUAAUAUUUCUGCUUUUUGGUUAAGAAUAAUGCUAUGAACAUUAUAGAAGAGGUUUUUGGGCCAGGCAUGGUGGCUCACGCCUGUAAUCCCAGCACUUUGGAAGGCCACGGUGGGUGUAUCAUGAGGUCAGGAGAUCGAGACCAUCCUGGCCAUGGUGAAACCCUGUCUCUACUAAAAUGCAAAAAAUUAGGUGGGUGUGGUGGCACACACGUGUAGUCUCAGCCACUCAGGAGGCUGAGGCAAGGGAAUCCCUUGAAUCCGGGAGACGGGAGGUUGCAGUGAGCCAAGAUGGUGCCACUGCACUCCAGCCUGGUGAAAGAGCAAGAUUCGGUCUUUUAAAAAAUAAAAAAAUGUAUGCACGUUUUCAAUUCUCUGUAGGAGUGGAAUUGCUGGGUCAUGUAACUUUAAAGAAUUGUCAAAUUGUUCUUCAGAUUACUAUUGGGUGUGAGGUGGUAUCUCAUUGUAAUUAUGAUUUCCAUUUCUCUAGUGUUAACCAACACAUUCAAGACAAUCUACGACAGAAUUUAUUUUAAUUUUUACCAAGAGAGCUGCUUAACAAACUAGAAAGAAUUAUUCUAGUCGCUAGAGGGCAGUGCUGUGUAUAAAGUUAGUACUUUAAAGCUGGGAAGAUAAAACCAAAAUCAAUGUGAAGACCAAGGAUACCGUUUUCACGCCGGGUGCAGUGGCUCACGCCUGUAAUCCCAGCACUUUGGGAGGCCGAGGCGGGUGGAUCACGAGGUCAAGAGAUCGAGACCAUCCUGGUCAACAUGGUGAAACCCCAUCUCUACUAAAAAUACAAAAAAUUAGCUGGGCGUGGUGGCGCGUGCCUGUAGUCCCAGCUACUUAGGAGGCUGAGGGACGAGAAUUGCCUGAACCCGGGAGGCGGAGGUUGCAGUGAGCCGAGAUGGCGCCAUUGCUCUCCAGCCUGGGUAACAAGAACGAAACUCCGUCUUUUAAAAAAAAAAAAAAGAUACCAUUUUCAUGAGUUUCAGAAUGCACAGCGUAUGCAGGCUGAGAUCCACCUAAAGACUUAUUUGUAGGUGAAUCACUAGACAUGCUGAAAAUGUGUUCAAAUGGCAAAACAAAAUAGGGAUCAUGAGGUACAAAUAUAUGGACUUGAGGCCAAGACUGCUUGCUCCUGCAGAACUCAUUUUUUGGGAUUUAGCAGCUGUCUUAAAAUUGGGUCCAUCACUUAACUGGAUUGGGAAGUGAUCAUUGAUACUAAGAGCCACCAUUUUUUCAAUGCCUGAUAAGUUGAUUUUCUACAUUAAUCCUUGAAACAACUUUGUGAAGUUAAUGUUACCUUGUUUGUAAGUUGGGUAACUGUGACUUGCCCAAGGUUGUACAGUGAAUAAGCAGUACAGCUGGGAUUCAAACUUGGGCCUGCUUGGCUCCAAAGCCUUUCCUUUUUCCAUCACUCUAUGGGUCUUAGAUUCCUAUAGAGGCCAAGGGGAAAAUUAUCCUUUGCCCUCUGAAGGUUCAUAAAAAAAUCAACGGAGAAAAGGCAUACAAAUAUAUUAACUUGCAUGUGGGGGAGAACCACAGAGUGAUUACUCCCAAGCCCCUACCCAAUAGGCUUUAGAAGCUUAAAUACCAUCUUAAGGUUACAGAAAGUGUGGGCUCGGAUCAUGGCAAAACAGGUUGUGGGAGCAAGAGAAGAGGAAGCCUGACUAGCAAAAGUGGUCUUGUUAUGUAAAUGAAGCCCCACAGGUGGCAGCCCUCAAAGGAAUAGAUGGUAAAUGUUUUAGACCUUUUUUUUUUUUUUUUUUUUUACUUUUGAGACAAUUUCACUCUUACUGCCCAGGAUGGAUUACAAUUCCAUGGUCUCGGCUCAAGCAGUUCUCCUGCCUCAGCCUCCCAAGUAGGUGAGAUUACAGGCGCCAGCCACUAUGCCCGGCUGAUUUUUGUAUUUUUAGUAGAGACAGUCACCGUGUUGCCCAGGCUGCUCUCAAUCAGGUGAUCCACCGAACUCGACCUCCCGAAGUGCUGGGAUUACAGACAUGAGCCACUGUGCCUGGCAGAUUUCACCAAGAUCCAGACAAGGAAAGGCCUGGCUGCACCAAGCAGAUUCUCUGCAAAUCCAAGUUUCCCCCACAAAAGACAGCUUUGUAGUGCUACUUCUGUUGGCUCUAUGAACAGCCAUCUCAAAAUAUGACAAAUUAUUUUGGGGUGAAAAAAUUUGUUUUCUUCACAUUGCUGGAACUGGAGCACUGUCAGUUUCUAUAACAGCAUCUUAUGUGGCAUUAAAGUAAUUGGAAUAAUUCUAUAGCAA